UUAACUUUACUACUUGCUCUUUCAUCAUCAACCUACUACACUUUCUAAAUUGAAACUGCAGUCGAAGAGGAAAGUUGCGACAGGAGAUCGUUGACGAUUUGUUUGUUCUGUUCGUCUCUUUUUCUUUAGAUUAUUGACUGAUUAAUAUGAUUAAGACUAAAUAGGAUUUAAGAUCAUAUUAAAGGGCUCUACGCGAGUUACUUGAGUAACUUUAGCGCAUGCUGUAGGAAAUUGAAUAACCAGUUUUAGGUUCGCACUUUGUCCAGCACAUAAAUCGGCUUUUAUGUGCUGUUAAAUAGGAAUAGAGGUUAACGUUAGGUCGAUACGCUUAUAAAUGAGCGCCGUCGCAUUAUGAGUAAAUCAAACAGUUAACUUAGCCGCUCAAGCUAACAAUUUUAAACGACAUUAAAUUAAAUCAUUUUACGCCAGAAAAAAACACUUUCACAUUUAAACGCUUUAUAUUUUUCCAUUACAGUAAACUUGUUUCAGAUCAUUUAAAUAAUUUGUGUCCGCGAUGUGUAUUUGUAAUGACGGACUGUGAACAUGCCCGUGUGUCGGGAGCGCGCAUCAGCUGACAACCGCAGAGACUGAGCCAGACAUGGAUCAACUCAAAGUCAAAGACAGGAUCCUCGAAAACAUCUCUCUCUCCGUCAAGAAGUUGCAGAGUUACUUCGCCGCAUGUGAAGACGAGACGCCAGCCAUUAGAAACCACGACCGGGUUCUUCAGAGGUUGUGUGAGCACUUGGAUCAUGCUCUUCUCUAUGGGCUGCAGGACAUCUCAUCGGGUUACUGGGUCCUCGUAUUACAUUUCACACGGCGAGAGGCUGUGCGACAGAUCGAUGAGCUCCAGCACAUAGCCACCAAUUUAGGCAGAAGUCGUGCCUGGCUCUACUUGGCACUCAGUGAAAGUUCUUUAGAAAGCUACCUCCGUCUGUUCCAAGAAAAUCAAGGACUGCUGCAAAAAUACUACUACAAAAAUGCAUUGGUUUGCAGUCAUGAUCAUCUGACUCUUUUUCUUACACUUGUCUCUGGACUAGAAUUCAUCCGCUUUGACCUCGAACUGGAUGUGCCAUACCUGGACGUUGCUCCAUACAUGCCAGAAUACUAUAAACCUCAGAAUCUGUUGGAUUUUGAGGAGAGGUUGCCAAGCUCUGACAGUCUGUCUCUACACUCAUUCACUUCCCUUACUUCCACUAACCUUGAGUGGGACGACAGUGCCAUCGCCCCAUCUAGUGAAGAUUAUGAUUUUGGUGACAUCUUCCCUGUGUUGCAGUCAUUGCCUAGUGCAGACUGGGAAGAAGGAGAUUUGACUGAUCCAGUCAGCGUGCCUCGCUCCUUCGGAUCAGAUCCUCAAACUGUCAGUGACUGCGUGGUGGUGAGGGGGUCUGCGGGCACUAUCAGGAUCACGGGUCUAUCGCGAAGCCCUACGUUUCGACACAAUCCCUUCAACGAGGACUCGGACACAAACACUUCGGCUGAUGUCACUCCGGUACACAUGGCUAGCCGUCAUGCUUCCACAAUAGCGGAAGAUAUGGAGAACACCAGCAAUGAGCUGGAAGUCAUUAGGAUGGCAAGGCGCCGAAAAUCUGGUAAGAAACGACGGUGUAGGGUGUCGACUGAUUCCAUGAGCAGUGAGCAGAAUGUAAUCUCUCCGGAUGGGCCUGACACAGAGGAAUGCCUUCAGAUUGUUGUUGAAAGGGACAUUGUAAUGGACAACCUCAAUUUGAACGGUUGUGGUUCUUUGGAGGAACCAGACGGUCCUGUGUCGGAAUCCUUGAGGAACCGAAAUGAGGAAAGAGAGGAUGAUGAUCCAGAAGCUGGACUGAGGCUUCCUGAGAUGUCUGACACUUCUAUGGACAGUGUGGGCCAACCCCUUCGUGAUGUCAUGGACAGGUUGAACGGUUAUCUGGAUGGAGAGAGCUGGGAGCGACGUGAAGGUGACGAAGAAGGAGUCGUUGGAGUUGUCGGAGCUCAGCGUAGUCCUGAUGAUGCCACCUCUGCCACAGGACCCCCUCAUCAGCGGCCCUUUCGAGAGGACACGGGUGGAGAACCUCCGGACCCAAGCCCUAGCUUCUUGCAGGCCCCACUUCCACCUGCUGACUUCUACUGCUUUACCUCCCAGAGUCCAGAACCUGCUGCCUCGUGUGGUGGCCACCAUGACACUGCAGGGAAUGGUGAGCCACAGGAUGUUCCUGUUGGCCAUGAAGAUGAAAGAAAAGCAGAGGAACCAGCUGAAGGGCAGGACCCCUCCGUCCACGUAGAAGAGUCAGCUAAGGAGGAACAUAAUACAACAGAAGAGGAGGAAGACAAUAAAGACAAGGGGAUACAGAGCUCUCAUGCUGCAGAGUUUAAGGUAGAUAAUAAUCAUCUACUGCUACUCAUGAUUCACGUUUUCAGGGAAAAUGAAGAACAACUCUUUAAGAUGAUAAGGAUGAGCACAGGCCACAUGGAGGGAGAUUUGCAGCCUCUUUAUCUACUUCUGACCGACAGUUACAUUUACCUCUUGCGUAAAGGGGCGGCAGAGAAGCCUUACGGUGUCGAAGAAGCUGUAUCUUAUAAUGAACUGGACUACAUCUCUGUGGGACUCCACCAGCAGACUGUUACUCUAGUGUGCACCAACAGAAGACGACAGUUCCUGCUGGAUACAGCAGACUCGUCUCUGACUGUUUGGUUUCUGAACGUGUUGAAAUCAGCCUUGGAAAACGACUGUCGGGAGACCCCGUACCCAUCGGUUCUCACUGACGCCACCAUGGAGAAACUCACUCUCUCUAAGUUUGUGUGCCAGGAGACUCAAUGUGAGUUGUCUGAAGUGAGCAUCCGCCUGUAUUCUCUGAUUCACUGGGAGGAUCCCAUGGACGUGUCUGUGGCGUCUCCUACAUCGCCAUCCGGCUUCAGAGAGUCCAGCAGCACUAAAGAGGGGGCGCUGCUGUAUCGGGCGGGUAGCUCCUAUCUGGGGAAGGAAGUGUGGAAGAGCUGUUACUUGGUGCUCAGCAAUGGGAUCCUCUAUCAGUAUGCAGAGAGGACGGAUGUUACACCUCUGAUGUCUGUUACAAUGGGGGGUGAGCACUGUGGAGGCUGCAGGCGUUCUAACAGCUCAGAGAAGCUCCAUACAUUUCAGGUGAUCCUGACUGCUAGAGCUCCGUUAGAGCUCAGCGCUGAAAACGAUCAGGAAAUGGCCGAAUGGAUGCAGCUGCUCUGUCAGUCUGUCUCUAAGGGGGUUAUUCCACAAGGGGUGGCUCCUGCACCUUGUAUUCCAUGCUGCCUUGUGCUCACAGACAGGAAGUUGCUCACGUGUCACCAGGAUUGCCAGACGAGUUUUUUCCGCUCCCUGGGAGCAGCUGAUCUGAACGAUGUCACGGCUGUUUGCUUGGAGGAGGAUAAAGAAUAUUGUGUCAUUGAGUUUACUGAAGAUCGCUCUCAGUUUCUUCCUCCUUGGGUUCUGUAUUUCAGUGGAUGUGAGGAGCGAGAUCGGCUGCUAGCAGAACUAGAUCGUGCUUGGACUGACGUUUUUCAGGUGAGUCUGGCCCGUAAACCGGUGACAGACCCGACGGUUCAGAAGCGAUGCAAGGAGGCACUUGAACUGAUGAAGAACGCCUGGCAAAGGAGUGACAGCAUUCAAAGAGGUCGAUCAGAAAGGGAGCCCUGGUGUUGACCACCUGUCAAUCAUUGCUGAGAACACAGAAUUGCAAACCUACUGUUUAUGUAGGUACAAGCAGACUGUCAGCUUUAAGUCCAUAUAGCUCCCCUAAACAAACCAGAGGAGAGAACAGUGUGGCUUCGUGUGAUAUUUAAAUAAGGUGUGACCUUGUUUACACAUGCCUUGCACAAAUAUUGAACGUUUUCGCUGUCAUAAGCAGAAGUUUGCAACAGGAAAAAUGACACGAGAUCUAAAAGUUCUCUUGCAUUACACGUUUGGUAUAUGUAGAGUGUAAAUAUGUAAUCAGUAGCAAAAACAUAUUUUUUUUUACUUCUGUUGAUAAUGUAUAUUCUUGUACAAUAUGCAAAGGUACUUCUUGCUUUAUAUGUGCUCUAGUGAAAGAAUUUUCAGUUGAUACUUUGUGGCUGCUUUAGAAUGGUCACCGUUCGGACAUACAGCAGUUUGCAUGGCAGUUUGACAUAGACACUCAAAACAUGAAGCAAGAUGGGAGGAGACAUUAAUCUAGCUUUAUUUGAAAUAUCUAAUAAUAACAAUACUAAUAACUGGUACCAGCAUGAAACAGCUGUUUUUAUAUAGGACUGAAAUAAUUUGCUAUUAGAAACCGGUGGUAUUGAGAGACUGUAAUAGGGAUCAUAUGAUUCUGAUAUACAGAUUGUUUUUAGGGCACAUUUAAUUGAAGUGACAGAACAGUUUAUAACUGAAGGAGUUGCAGCAGAAUUGCACAGUUUUAAGUUGUUAAAGGACAAGUGUUUUUUUUUACAUUCAUGCAAAGCAUUCGUAGCACCAUCCCAUCAGCUUCCAGAGAAAUGCUGCUCUUAUUUUUGUAUUUUGGCCUUUUGCUGUGAUUGAAUGCAGUCAAACUGGCUAUUGUUUUUAAGUCACCAAACAUAAACUGUUUUUUAAAUUUCCAUAUUUAGCCGAAAUAUCAAAAGUCAUUCCCUGUUUCUUUCUUCGUGGUAGAUUCAGUGGAAAAUACCACUUUAGUGAAACACUGUGAAGAUUGUUUUUAAGAAUCUUGAGGGGUUUUAAAGAAAGGCGAUCAGUGAGUCAGCUUGAGCAUGUGGAUAUUUUCCUGACUGUAACAAAUAAUACAAGGGAAAAUCUCAGGUAUGUUGAGGUUUGUUCCAGUUAACAGCAAUUUUAAGAAAUACAUUGCUGGACAAUGGUGAAAUGCAGGUGUUCAUAAGCAAACUGAAAAGGGGUUGAAGCCUAUCAUUUUUUAGUUGCGUGUGUGUGUGCGUGUGGUUUGACUGUGCUAAAAUGGAAGUGACCUGAUCAAUUAUGUUUUUACGUUCUAAUGUCUCAGAUACACUAAAUUCUGCAUGUACAUUUUUAAUAUCGUAUUAAUAGGAUCACAUGUAAAAAUGACUUUUGUAAAUGGGACAAGUACGAAUAAAAUGAUAAUAAUAACUUCAUUUGUAAUGCU